AUGUCCCAACUACCGAAUGAGCUUCUCCAGGUCAUCGUGACCUACUCGGAACGCAAGACGUUGUUGAACCUCACCGUCAUAUCCAAGAGAAUCAAUGCGAUGGCCCUGCCCAUUCUCUAUCGAGACAUAACUUUCCACAUAAAGGAUGAGCUUUCAAUCUCUUUGUUGCGCCACAACAUACAGGCCAACCGUGGUAUCAAGUACACGAAAGCCUUCGCCAUUUACUUCUUUCCAUGCUAUUUCGAGGGUUACGACGAAGUUCGUGCCAAUGUCGACUGCAUAAUCCCGUAUCUAGUGAACGUUAGGCGCCUCUGCUUGACUCGCCAGUCUGCCAGUCCUGGCGUAUUGUCUCGACUCCCCGCUAGCGCGCAGCUUACCGAUCUCAUCUUGGAUCAUACCCACUGCUGGAAGGAUCUACCACAAUUCCUUUCGUGUAAUCCUACGCUCGAAGCUAUCGCAAUCCACAACAGCGAUAAUAAUGGCCGCGUCAUCGAAUUGGCAGCUAGCAAUCUCCCGAAACUGCGCACACUAGAGAUCACUUUCAACGAAUUGGUGCAUAUCAAGGGCCCCAUGCCUUCGGUGGCCAAUCUCAGCGUGCAUCCCUUCCCCUGGAGCGGGAGGGCAACGGGGCACGUCGUCCUGAAUUUUCCCUCAAUAUGUAGCCUAUCCUUGCCGCAUGCCGAUCUUCCAGUGGUAUUCUCCUUGGCGCCGUCCCUACCGAAUCUCGAGUUUCUCCGAGUGUCCUUUGGCAAUUCUGAUGUGCGCCCGAAUGCAUCUGACUUCGCGGUGUUCCCGAAAUUGAGAUAUGUGAGAUUUGUACUGCAUCGGUUUAGCGACGAAGGCCUUGCUCUCGAACUCUUUCAUGCCGUGCAAAGCUUGGUCAUCAUGGAAGUAUGCAAUCAUUUCAAAAAUCUGCGUUGGGUCAAGAGUUCCGCCGCUCCUGAGGAGGGGGGUGACACCCUCAACGACAGCAAACCGAUAUGGGGGGAGUGGUGGGUUAAACGUGCGAGAGAACGCAUAGAAGAAGCCCUGAUUCCAAUGUCUCAACUACCAAAUGAACUUCUGCGGGCCAUCGUUGCCCUUUUUGAACGCAAGACGUUGUUGAACCUCACCGUCGUAUCCAAGAGAAUCAAUGCGAUGGCCCUGCCCAUUCUCUAUCGAGACAUAACUUUUCGCAUAAAGGAUGGGCUUUCGAUCUCGUUGUUGUGCCGCGACAUACAGGCCAACCGAGGUAUCCAGUACACGAAAGCCUUCGCCAUCUAUUUCUUUCCGUGUUACUUCCAAGGAUUUGAUGAAGUUCGUGCCAAUGUCGACUACAUAAUCCCUUAUCUAGUGAACGUUAGGCGCCUCUGCUUGACUCGCCAAUGCGCCAGCCCCGGCGUGUUGUCUCGACUCCCAAGUACCGCACAGCUUACCGAUCUCAUCCUGGAUCACACCCACUGCUCGGAGGAUUUACCACAAUUCCUUUCGUGUAAUCCUACACUGGAGGCUAUCGCAAUCCACAACAUCCAGGAAGACGGCCCCGCCAUCGAGUUGGCAACUAGCAACCUCCCGAAACUUCGUUCCCUGGAGAUCACCUUCAACGAAUUGGUGCAUAUCAGGAGUCCUAUGCCUUCGGUGGUCGAUCUCACUGUACUCCGCUUCCCCUGGAAUGGGAGGGCAACGGGACAUGUUGUCCCGAAUUUUCCCUCGAUAUGUAGCCUAUCCUUGCCGCACUCCGACCUUCCCGAGGUAUUCUCCUUGGCGCAGUUCCUCCCAAAUCUCGAGCUUCUCCGACUGUCAUUUAGCAAUUCUGAUGUGCGCCCUAAUGCAUCAAGCUUUGCUGUGUUCUCAAAAUUGAAGUACAUGAAAUUUGGACUGUAUCGUUUCAGCGAGGACACACUUCCUCUCGAACUCUUCAGUGCUGUGCAAAGUCUGGUCGUUAUGGAAAUAUCUCAUUAUUCUAAAAAUCUACGUUGGAUCAGAGGUUCCGCCACUCCCCUUGAAGGAAGCACUCUCAAUGGUAGCAGACCGAUAUGGGGAGAGUGGUGGGUUGAACGGGGAAGAGAACACAUAGAAGAAGCCCUGAUUCCAAUGUCUCAGCUACCAAAUGAACUCUUGCAGGCCAUCGUGGCCCAUUUAGAGCGCAAGACAUUGUUCAGCCUCACCGUCUACACGAAGGCCUUCGCGAUCUAUUUCUUUCCAUGUUACUUCAAUGGUUAUGGCGGAAUACGAACCGACAUCGACUACAUAAUCCCGUAUCUGAUAAACCUUACCCACCUCAUCCUGGAUCACACCCAUUGCUCGGAGGAUUUAUCACAAUUCCUUUCACGUACUCCCACGCUGGAAGCCAUCGCAAUUCACAACGGCGAGGUUCACGAUUACAUCAUUGAAUUGGCGGCGAGCAACCUCCCGAGACUUUAUUCACUAGAGCUCACCUUCAACGAAUCGAUACACAUUCAGAGUCCUAUGCCUUCCGUGGUCAAUCUUGGUAUGCUGGGUCUCGGGAACAUAGGCGCAAGCAACCUUCUCUCGAAAUUUCCGUCACUACGCAGUCUAUCCCUCCCAUUAAAUGACUUUGUUACGGUACUUGCUCUGGCACCCUUUCUCCGCAAUCUCGAGUUUCUCGAAGUGUUUUCCAUGCACCAGCAUUCGCGCCCGACCGCAUCAAAUUUUGCCGCAUUCUUAAGAUUGAAAUAUGUGAAAUUUGGGAUGCUUGUUACGAUGGAUGCUUUUCCUCUGGAACUUUUUGAUGCUGUCCCAAGUCUGGUCAUUGUGGACAUGAGCAAUCCCUGUAUCACUCUACGUUGGUUCAGGGAUUCCCCCGCCCCCCUUAAGCACGAGCCCAUCGCCAAUGACGCAUACCUGUGGGAGGGAUGGUGGGAACUCGUAGAAGAGGUUACAGAAGAGGCCAGUGAGUCGUCAUUUCUUUACUCCACUUCCCAAUCCCAAUGA